UGUCAUAUACUGCAAGGGAAGCAGCCAUGAAGAUCAAGCCAGGAAUGACAGUCAAGGUGCGACGUAGCGGUGGAGGAAAACGAACAGUAAUCGUCAAAUCGGUUGAUUGAGCAACUGGCGCUGUUAUUGUACGAUGGGAUGAAGGCGGAGCAGUUUUUCAAAAGUCUGUCACUGCAGCAGACAUACUGGUUUUAAACAAAUUAUAAACUAAAAGAAACUAUGUUCAGAAAAUCAAAAAAACUUUUCGAUGCAUAACUUUUCCUUUCUGAUAAUAUUAAAUAAAGAUCAGCAACUAAACUUUACUUACAAAUAGUGGCAAUGUGCAUUUGUAACUCACUAAUUAUGAAACAUGUCAGCACCUUUUUGAGUCUUCGAGUGUGCGUCUGGGUGUGCAUAUAGCGAUGCGAAAUGGUUUCAAGCGUGGUUGCGCAUGCGGGUGUGCGUGGCAUAUGGAUGUGAAUAUUCUCAAUUGCUCACACCCACCCACACCCACACCCUGUCAUGGGCCAUAAUAUAAACUUUUUAACUAUUAUUGAUACAAAUAUCAUAACGUGUUACAGAAAAUUUUGAAUCACAAUACUGGUUAGAAGUCUCGGUCUGUGUGGAAGUUCAGCUGACGUCAAAUUGGUUUCUACAAAAUUGACACCAGAGAUACAGCUCUGAAAACUAUCAUUGCAAGCAUCAACUCGAACUCGAUCGACUAACUAAGAAUGAAUUUACAAGUCAUACGUUAUUCUGAACUUGGUUGCUUCAGUCUUUGUAUUCAACAGGAGUCUUCACUGAAUACUUUGAAUAUAAAGACUGAGGCUAACCAAGUUCAGAAUAAUGUUUAACUUGUAAAUCCAUUCUUAGUCGGUGCUUACGAUAAUGAUUCUACGAACUGUAUGUCUGGUACUAAUUUCGUGAAAAAUGAUUUGAUUUCAGCUGAUCUCCCACACAUGCCGGAACUUCUGACCAGCACUGAUUCAAAAUUUUCUGUGACAUAUUAAAAUAUUUCUAUGAAUAAUAGUCAGAAAACUCACAUUAUGAUGCAUGAUAUAUUCAGAUGUCUAGCAUAUAUAUAUAUUGCUAAUGUCAGCCUUCUCCACUAGCAAAACAUCUAGAGCAAACAAUAUUGAUUACACGGGUCAAAGUUUAGUAUACAUUAUUUAUGCAACAUCUUUUAUUGGUCUGAGUACAUCUAUUGAAAUUCUAAUUGGAUGUUUCCACUCAGAUCCUUGUAUUCUGAUACUUGAAUGCUAUCUAAUGGAUGUCGACAUCUUUUAAUAUUAAUCUAUGGAUCAUUGCUUUUAGAUAAACCAAGUAAACAAGAUUCAUUUGUAAGUCUUUACAAAAAAAAUAUUACUACUGAAAUCCAAUGAGUACGACAUCAUCAGAUCAAACUAAUAAUGAUCAUUCAAUAACAUCGAAUGAUACUAUUCUACACGAAGAUGAUUUAACUGAACAAGCCAAAAAGCAUUUUCCUUAUCACAGUGAUAUAUUUUGAAUGUUUGAAUAAUAUCGCCAAAGUGUACUUCGUAACGAACAUAUAACACCUGUGGAUUGAAAUUUUUUUCUCUCCGAAUUGCAAAAUUUACACACAAGUUGUAAACAUGUUUUAAAUUAUGCAAUUGAACACAAUAAAUUUGUCGAUCAAAAUUUACCUAUUAUUGGCCCAUUGCUAGUUUGUGGUCUUGUACGUACAGGUACAACAUUACUCUACAAUUUACUUGCCUGUGAUCCACAAUCUCGCGCACCAUUGUACACUGAUAUGUACAUUGAUGUUGUUCCGCCUAUAGCGCGAUCCAAUUCAAUUGGACAAAACCGACGAAUGGAUAUUUUUAUUUCUCAAAUGAACAGUGAUCAAUUAUCCGAUUUACUCAUUCGCAUUUCUGCAUCUCAUGCACAUUUCCCAAUUGAAGAAGAUUCUUAUAUUACACGUCAAGCUGGCUAUUCUCCAAUGCUCACCCUUCUAUCUCACAACGAAGAUGACGAUACUGAGAAUUGGAUUCGUAAUGAAAUAAGCAACGAUUAUGCAUAUGAUUAUCAUGAAAUUUUUUGGGCAUGUUAA